GACCGUAGCGCUCUCCCUUUCCUUUUAAAAAAAAGGAAAAACCUAAAAAACCAAUAGCGCACUAGAAGAACCACGAUUUACGAAAAUUGCUGAGAACUAUGUGAGCAGAAAACCCCAGCACUUACGCUACUGAUGGAGCAGCAGCCUAUACAUACACUUAUAGAUACAUUUGAGGAGGGCUCGAAAAAUUGAAAUUCACAAUGGAGCCUCUAACAAUAUUCGUCGAAGAGCUCAAACGGCUCGCCACGACGGCGCAAGACUUGGCUCACGGCCUCCUCAGCUCCGGUCGCUGCAGACCGAUUGAUAUCUUGAAGCGGUUACAACGAGAAGCUUUUUCAGAUAUCAUGAAACUCAGGGAUAGGCAAGACAAGGUAGAAAGACUACUCACUUUCUAUAAAUCUUCCAAGGGAAGUCCAUUCCAGGAAUCUAGCACUCAUGUGAGGGGAAAUGUGGAUGUACUAGGGGCAUUCUUUGUUAUGGAUGAUCUUGACGAGCAGAAAUACAAUGCCAUUCAAAGAUCCGGUAUUAGAAAUGGUAUUGAUGCAAGGCUGAGAUUUGAAACUGAUGUAAGAGAGAAAGAUAAACUUGUAGCAGAAUUUUCUGCCAAUGGCAAAGGUCAAGGUGAUAUGCUGGGGGGUCCACUUUCGCUCGCUAAAGUUCUCUAUGCUGCACAUUUGAGUGAUUGGUUCUCUGCUGUUGCAAUACCAAUGGGUGCACAAUGCAGAGAUGUUGGAUUCCCAACAAAUACUCAUCAGGAAAGGGGAGUAACUAACUAUUCUGAUAGUGGACCUCCACUUCUGUAUCAGCAUAAUGGCAGUGCCAUUGGUAUAACUGUGAGAAAAAUGAACAUAGUUGCCUCUAUGGCCCAGUUUGUAUCCAAUUUCGCAAUGCAGGAUAACGCAGAUGGAUUAGCGUGUUCCUCAAGCACAUUCGGACAGAUCGUCUGGGAACUCUCUAGAAACACAAAGCUCUCACUUUUGGGUGUGCACAGAGAGUCCUGGCCAUCAGGUCAAAAUAUCAGCCUUGGAGCAUUGGCAUUCCCUGUCAGCAUAUUUAGACGUCACAGAUUUUCAGAGACGUCUGCCCAGGAAGAAGAUAGCCCAAGAAGUAGGCAAAGACAUAACUCGAAUGGCUCCAUUUCUCUGAUGUUUAACUCAGAAAUUGACGACAGUACAAGGAUAGGAGGUUGGGUAGAGACGAAAAACUCCAACCCUGGAAACCUGCAGUGGGCAGUCACAAUGUCUGAUACCCCUGAAGACGAGUUUGGAUGGGGUUUGACCUUGGGUGGGAUGUUACAAGGUCCAAAAAGAUUGGAGCAUUUUCAGGUUGAAACAUUUUUUAACAUGAAUUUCGGGAAAAGAUUUACACUGCAACCAGGUCUUGUAUAUGUGAAGGACGGGGUCACCCAGUUUCCGGUCCUAACGAUCCGUUCCAGCUGGUCCCUAUAACUGUUCUUCACCAUUUUGUGAUGUCUACAUGUGAGUGAUUUACACUAUGAUAUUACUUUAUGAAGUCGAUAUUGGGGCCACUCUGUUUAUGGAGUUUCCUUGUAAGUCGAAGGGAAAGAUCUGAUGGGAUCUCGUGAAAUGCGGCAUUUUCAUGUGCCACAAUCGAAUCAAGAAUCGUCACGUUCGACGUCUUACCUUGGUCCAAUUUACUAAAUUCAAUAUAUUCUUACUGACCUCAUAAAUUAUUGUUAGUAUUCUCAUUUUCAUAUGAAAGUUUGAUCAAUGUGGUACCGAACAUUAGACAGCAAUGCACGCCUGAAAAAAUAGAUACACUAUAAUACUAGGAAUCUACUGAGGUAGGUUUUCUAAAAUAAAUAGAAAUUCACUGAGAUGAGGUUCA